AUGUCCCUAGACCUUUCUUAUUAUCAACCAACGACACCGCCGCGAAGGCAAUUGAUGGAGCUCGGUGGAGCCACCCACAGCCGCAAUGCGUCUGAUUCAUCCAUCUACUCCAAUGAUUCCUCACCGUGGUCGGCCAUGACCGCUGGAACCAGCCCGAGAGAAGCCUCUCCUCCCAGAUACCAGCACGGCCCUGCUCUGCUGCCGAAAAUCAGGUCGCAGGAUGUGGUGAUCGAGCCUGCACCGGCCCCUGGACCACAGCGCCAUCGUCGAGUCCUGUCCAAUACUCGGAACCCUCCAGGCUUCCUACCCUAUCCUCCCAGGCGUCCAGACCUUCAGCGGAACGUCUUAGAAAUGGCGGAUUGUCUUCCUCUGGUGUCACCAGCUACAACCUCGCCCAUGUAUGGUUCUCACAACGGCUCCGCACUGUCGUCGCCUGUGAGCAUCACGCCGUCGCAUAAACGCAAAGUUUCGGACGGGCAUUCUCGAUCAGGUUCUGUUUCCAGCAUUGACGAAGCGACUCUGAGUCGAUACGGCUAUCCGACCUAUCGGCAUCUUCCAAAGUACACCACGCAAGCGCACCCUUCGCCAUCUGCUCCAGCCACCCCUGUGACACCAAACAUUGUGGUCCAUCGGCCGUACUCUCAGACCUCACCCAAUGACGGCACUCCGUCCCCGAUCCAGUGUCAGACUCAGAUGCCACUUGUCCUUCCACCCUCCCCAUUCGGGGGGUACGCUCGAGUUUCGAGUGCGCAGCCUUCGCCUGUUGGCCUUGCGCCUCAUGCAGCGGUGAUGGUGCCACAGUCGACUACCUUGCUGUCCUACCUGACUUCCCCCACGCAAGCGAUCAAUCUUGUCCGUAAUGUCAGUGUGAUUCCCACACGAGGAAUGCACGACUAUUUCUGGUGGGACAUUAGAAACCUGCGUAGCUGGACAUCGUUCACGCUUCAGACGUUUAACUCGAUCAAUGGCCUCACCAAACUUCUGAGAACUGCAAUCUCCUCCGACUUGACUCCGCCCGUCGCGGUAGCCCCGUCUCGCCUGUCUCCGGACUCAGAGGCUGAGUUGGUUAAUCUUAUACGAGACAUCUAUGGGCCGCGUGUCAAUGCCGCGCUCGCUGUAUCCCAAGGACCAGAGCACCUGAAACUCUACCUGGCGCCUCACCUACGGGCUUCAAACAGCAAAAACACAGGUGGACCACACUUCCUUGCCAACUAUGCAUCUGAUACCGAGCAGACCAGUUCGGGUAUGCCGCGGGGACGGCUCGUCGGUAUCGUAAAAAGCUUUGACCGCUGGAACACGGGCAUGCGCAACGAAGCGCCUCACCGGCGGGUGGAGUACCUCAACGGUCUAGCCCAUCUACAACGAUGCAUGCGAGAGCACUCCUGCCGAUACGGCUUCAUCAUCACCGAGAUUGAACUCGUUUGUGUGCGGGCCGGCUGCGACGAAGGGGACGAUGUGCCGUAUUUUGGAUUCCUGGAGGUAUCGGCGCCAAUCCCGACUAACAUCGCCGUGAACCCGGAAGAACGGGGCCUGCAGCCAACUUCUUUUGCCCAGGCCCAGUCACCCGAGGCUUCCCACGACUGCCGAUUAGCUGCAGAAGAAUGCGACCCCACAUGUACUUUCGCCGACGGUCUCAACGUCCCGAUGACUGCGAGCCUAGCAUUGUACUUUCUGCUGAUGCUGUCUAAAUCGGUGCCCUUACCGUCUCAGCCCUCUGCUCACCUCAACGUGGGCGGACCUGGAGCGCUGACCCGGCAGCGGAUUCUUCCAGAGGGGAAAGAUAAAUGGAUUCCAGAACCGCAGAUUGGAGAGCGACGAGACGCGAAGCGAGUUCGAGGAUGGGUGUGGCCUCAAGACGCCUGGCAUCGUCGCGAGGGCGGAGGGGUGCCGCGGGGGAAUCGAAGCAGAAAAAAUGGACCAAGUAAUGUCUGA